AUCAUCCUUGUUCUCUUUGUUUGCAUCCCUCCUUCCUUCCUUGCUUCCUUGUAGAUCUGCCAUUGCCUUUUUUAAUCCAAAUCUUAUAUUUCUGAUUUACAUUGCUUCCGUCAGAUCCGACGAUCUCACUUUCUCAUCAUCUGUCGUCAGCUUUUUUGUUUCUUCUUUUAUCUCUUUUUAUUUUUAAAAUAAAUAUAUUGUUGAUUCUGGAAUUUUCCUAGUAGCUCACGUCACGUUACGUCAUGUGUGUGCUUUGAAUUUUAAAUUGACUCGCAAGGCUGGUUUUGAUUAUGUGAGCGUGUUUCCAGAGGGGAUGGAUUCUGUUCGACGCACUUACACCAUUAUGCGAGGUCGUCACAUAGACAAGCGUGUUCCUUCUAAAGAGUUUCUCUCUGCUUUGGAUAAAGCUGAAACUGCAGUACGUCUUCCUACUGGGACGGGAAAAGACUGCGGGAAUCCUUCCUGGAAGCGAUCUCUGCCUCACGUGCUCGUUGCUUCUCUGACUUCGCUUUUAUUCGGCUAUCAUCUCGGGGUUGUUAAUGAAACUCUCGAAAGCAUAUCAAUUGACCUUGGCUUUAGUGGGAACACCAUAGCUGAAGGUCUUGUGGUUAGCACCUGCUUAGGCGGCGCCUUUAUUGGGUCUCUGUUCAGUGGGUUGGUAGCUGAUGGUGUUGGGCGCCGUAGAGCUUUCCAGUUGAGCGCUUUACCAAUGAUUGUUGGAGCUUCUGUGAGUGCAUCAACUGAGAGUCUUAUGGGCAUGCUCCUGGGAAGGUUUUUGGUCGGAAUUGGGAUGGGCAUAGGUCCUUCUGUUACAGCUCUCUAUGUCACUGAGGUGUCACCUGCUUAUGUGAGAGGUACAUAUGGGAGUUCUACCCAAAUCGCAACAUGUAUUGGACUCUUAGGUUCGCUGUUUGCUGGAAUCCCGGCAAAAGAUAACUUGGGCUGGUGGCGCAUAUGUUUUUGGAUAUCCACAGUCCCAGCUGCAAUGCUUGCUGUCUUCAUGGAACUCUGCGUGGAAAGUCCUCAGUGGCUUUUUAAGAGGGGAAGGGCAGCUGAAGCUGAAGCUGUGUUUGAGAAGCUAUUGGGAGGGUCGUACGUCAAAGCUGCUAUGGCAGAGUUAGUGAAGUCGGAUAGGGGAGAUGACGCCGAUUCAGCCAAAUUGUCGGAGUUGCUUUUUGGACGCAGUUUUAGAGUGGUUUUCAUUGGAUCUACCCUUUUUGCUUUACAACAGUUGUCUGGGAUAAAUGCUGUGUUCUAUUUCUCAUCAACUGUCUUCAAGAAAGCUGGUGUACCUUCAGCCUCUGCAAACAUAUGUGUAGGAGUUUGCAACCUCUUAGGAUCAACUGUUGCUGUGGUUUUGAUGGAUAAGCUGGGGAGAAAAGUGUUGCUUAUUGGGAGUUUUGCGGGCAUGGCAGUAUCGCUGGGUCUCCAAGCAAUAGCAUAUACUUCGCUUCCUUCGCCCUUUGGAACCUUGUUUCUCUCGGUUGGAGGAAUGCUGCUGUUUGUGUUGUCGUUUGCAACUGGAGCGGGUCCUGUUCCAAGUCUUCUCCUGUCUGAGAUAUGCCCUGGUCGACUUCGAGCAACUGCGUUGGCUGUUUGUCUUGCCGUUCACUGGGUUAUAAACUUCUUUGUCGGGCUGCUGUUUCUGAGAAUGCUGGAGCAACUAGGUUCGGUGCUUCUAAAUGCAAUAUUUGGGUUCUUCUGUGUGGUGGCAGUCAUCUUUGUGCAGAAGAACGUGGUUGAGACUAAAGGAAAGAGCCUACAAGAGAUAGAAAUCAGUCUGCUCUCUUCCACCCAGUGAUUGAUCUCUUUAUUCUGAGAAUUCGUAUUAUUCUUCUGGCUCUCUUUUUUUCCUUGGAGAGACACAAGUAACGUGUACCUAAUAUGGAAGUAGGAGUGAGUAGUAAGUAGGUAAACAACAUGUAAGGAAAUGGAUAUUAUUCAUUCGAGUAUAGCCAACGUUUCAACUGAUUUUGUAAUAAACAUAAGACCAAACUUCAUUCAACAAUGGUAGGUUCUCAACUCAUGUAC